AAAUUUAAAGUAAUUUUAUACUCCCAAAAUGAAAAAAAAAAAAGAAUUAAAGGGACACGCACGAGACGAGAGAGAGACGACGAAGCGUUGUCGAUAAUCACCGUGCGUCUUGAGCUUUAGCUCAAAAACCCUAAAUUGUCCGAGACCAAUCGAAUCCGAUAGACUUCGAUAAUGGCGAAUAGCAAUCUACCGCGAAGAAUCAUCAAGGAAACACAACGUCUACUUAGUGAACCUGGUAAAACCGUAAAAGCUCAUCGUUUCAUUCUCAAAAUUGUUGAUUUCGAUAUUCGAAAUUUUCUGUUUUUUUUUUUGUUUUUGAGUAAUAAAGGUUGUGUCUUUUUGGCAGCUCCGGGGAUAAGUGCGUCUCCGUCAGAGGAAAACAUGCGUUAUUUCAAUGUUAUGGUUCUUGGUCCUACCCAGUCUCCUUAUGAAGGAGGAGUUUUCAAGUUGGAGCUCUUUUUGCCUGAAGAAUACCCUAUGGCAGCUCCCAAAGUUAGGUUUCUCACCAAGAUAUACCAUCCUAACAUUGACAAGCUUGGAAGGAUCUGCCUUGACAUACUGAAAGACAAAUGGAGUCCUGCGCUUCAAAUAAGAACUGUGCUCUUGAGUAUUCAAGCUCUUCUAAGUGCACCAAACCCGGAUGAUCCACUUUCUGAGAACAUAGCUAAGCAUUGGAAGAGUAAUGAAGCUGAAGCUGUGGAGACAGCUAAGGAGUGGACUCGUCUAUAUGCAAGUGGCGCUUGAUGGGGGGGAGUGCAAAAAGGAGAAUGAUGUUGUCAUUUAAAUAACAUUAUAUAUGGUGAUAACUCUACCUCAAAGUUUAUCUGAAUCCUUUUUCUUAAAACAAGGGAAAAAGAUUUGCACUCUCUGGAUAUGUAUAACUAGAAGAAUUUAAGACUCGUUUACCCAUAUUUGCUUGA